AUGGCUCUUCUUCGUCUUCCUCCAAUUUCCCUCCAAAUUCUAGGUCACAAAUCUGACCAAAAAUGCCCAAAUCAGAGAGCUUCGCUCAGAAACUUCUCACUCUCUUGCUCUACUGCUUCACAAUCUCGGCUUCAUCUUCACGGGACGUUUCUAGACUCAGCUCCAGCAAAAUCCAGAAAUCGUCUUACCUCUUACUUCUCCGCCACCACCCAAAACCCAAUCCUCGAAUCUUCUUCUUCUUCGGAUGAUAUCUCCGCUGAUAAACAACACGAGGAAGAGAUUUCCAAAACCAGAUUGAUUGCUCAGAACGUUCCAUGGACGGCUACACCGGAAGACAUAAGGUCGCUCUUCGAGAAUUACGGGAAUGUCGUCGACGUUGAGAUGUCAAUGCAUAAGAAGGAAAGGAACAGAGGUUUGGCUUUCAUUGAAAUGGGCUCCCCUGAAGAUGCUGCAACUGCUCUUCAAUCUCUCGAAUCGUUUGAAUACGAGGGUCGUCGUUUGAAGGUAAACUACGCCAAGACCAAGAAGAAGAAAACCUACGCGCCGCGUGAGAAGCAAACGCCGGUGCCUAUGUUCAAUUUGUUUGUAGCGAACUUGGCAUUUGAAGCAAGGGCCAAGCAUCUCAAGGAGUUCUUUGACGCAGACACUGGAAACGUCGUCUCCACUGAAGUGAUCUUCCAUGAGAAUCCGAGGAGGUCUAGUGGCUACGGCUUUGUCUCUUUCAAAACCAAGAAAAUGGCUGAUGCAGCGCUCGUUGACUUCCAAGGAAAGGAUUUCAUGGGAAGACCGAUACGAUUAGCUCGUAGCAAACAGUUUGUGAAGUUGCAAGCAAAAGAAGGGUUGCAGCCACCUGAAGAAGAGGAACCAUCUCAAGAUGAGACGAUGAUGGCCCAAGAAGACGAAACUCCAGCUGCAGAAAACUGA